AUGGAGUCUAACUCAACUGGAGCUAUUGCUAGCACAUCUGACGUACACGAGCUUCCCAAGGAAAUGAAUGAGAUGAAAAUUAGAGAGGAUAAAACUGAUGAUCAUGAGGAUACAGCUAAGGAAAUGGAACCGAGUGUUGUUAGCGGCAGCAGUACUGAAACAGGUCAGAUAAUCGUGACUUCGAUUGGUGGCCGGAAUGGACAGCCAAAACAGACAAUGUCUUACAUGGCAGAGCGUGUUGUUGGGACUGGUUCGUUCGGAGUUGUAUACCAGGCUAAAUGCCUUGAAACAGGCGAAUCAGUUGCUAUAAAGAAAGUUCUACAAGAUAGAAGGUAUAAAAACAGAGAACUUCAGAUAAUGCGCUUGCUUAAUCAUCCGAACGUUAUUCAGCUUAAGCACUAUUUCUAUUCAACUACCGAAAACAACGAGGUGUACCUUAAUCUCGUGCUCGAGUAUGUAUCGGAGACUGUUUAUCGUGCUUCAAGGCAUUAUACUCGAGCAAACCAAUACAUGCCCGUUAUAUAUGUGCAGCUUUAUACUUACCAGAUAUGCCGAGCUUUGAAUUAUAUGCAUAGAGUUAUUGGCGUAUGUCAUCGAGACAUUAAACCCCAGAAUCUUCUGGUUAAUCCUCACACACAUCAGCUAAAGCUGUGUGAUUUGGGCAGUGCAAAAAUGCUGGUACCUGGCGAACCAAAUGUCUCGUAUAUUUGCUCUCGUUAUUACAGAGCUCCCGAACUAAUAUUUGGGGCCACAGAGUACACAACUGCAAUUGAUAUGUGGUCGGUUGGUUGUGUUAUGGCCGAGCUACUUCUUGGACGUCCUCUAUUUCCUGGUGAAAGCAGUGUUGAUCAACUAGUUGAAAUAAUUAAGGUUUUGGGGACACCGACCCGAGAGGAAAUCAAGUGCAUGAACCCGAAUUACAGUGAAUUUAAGUUCCCUCAGAUUAAAGCCCACCCUUGGCACAAGGUAUUUCAUAAAAGAAUGCCCCCUGAAGCAGUGGAUUUGGUCUCAAGGCUACUCCAAUAUUCACCGACUUUACGAUUUUCUGCAUUGGAGGCUUGUGCACACCCGUUUUUUGAUGACUUGAGAGAACCUAAUGCAUGCUUACCAAACGGCCGACCAUUACCUACCCUUUUCAAUUUUGCAGCCGAAGAACUGGCUGGUGCAUCUUCGGAACUUCUAAAACGGCUAAUUCCAGAUCAUUGCAAGCAGUGA